GACCGGAAGUGUAAUUGUGAAGUCGUCAACAAACACUUUUACUUUGAAAGUGCCGCCGGAAGCAGCCUGCAGUGGGUGACGUGAUUGACGGUGGUGGACCGGCCGAAGUGAUCGGGACCGUGAAGACUUCAUCGCCGCUCCGCGUCGCUCCGCCCCGGGUACUUCUGAACGGAGCACCGAGCAACUUCACACACGAGUUCCCCGCGGACUUUACCGGGAUUUUAACGGCGGAGGAUCCGCUCGGAGCCUGCGUGUUCUUCGGCGGGGAUCGGCGGUGUUCGUUGCCCCGCGGCUGGCGGCUAGCAUCGGUUACCGCUGCUAAACAUGGUGGCCUGUAGGCAGGAGGACGGAGGAGCGAGCCCGGGCUGCGAGCUGCUGUAGAGGGGGGAGCUGCUUAGAAACCACACCGGGGGCUGUGCCGCACGUCCUGCGGGGUUCAACCGGAGCUGUGAGGACUUUGUAAACGGACGCGGGGAAGUUUUAGAGCUGAAGCCGACAGACGGAGCAACAGCGGCGGCGGCAGCACCGGCCGUGCUCCGUGGACCGUGGAUAAUCUCCCCGCAGAGGAAAAGUUUCCCUCCCGGUUUUGGAGGAAAAGUUGCAGAAACAUGCGCAAAGCUGCGGAAACCCCACAAACAUCUGCGGGUUCGUGUUCGUGAAACGAGUGGAAGCUGGAGCCGCUUCAUCCCGUGAACCUGCUGCUGGAUUAUUAUGGAUUAUUAUUCUGCGCUCACGCAGACCCGCAGUUUUGGGAGGAGGCGCUGAUGAAGAGGAAGAUGAAGGUGACAGAGAUGCUUUCUCGCUGGUAGGAUUCUGAGCACAGAGCGGUUCAUUACAUGGAGACUCGCCUGACAUGCCCAGGAAGGAGUUGCCACUACCUGAGGGUUGGGAGGAGGCCAGAGACUUCGAUGGAAAAGUCUAUUACAUCGACCACAUCAACCAGUGCACGAGCUGGAUCGACCCCAGAGACAGGCAGACGAAGCCUCUGACGUUUGCCGACUGUAUCGGGGAUGAGCUGCCGGUCGGCUGGGAGGAGGCGUACGACCCCCUCGUUGGAGCUUACUAUGUCGACCACAACACCAAGAGCACCCAGCUGGAGGACCCGCGGGCCCAGUGGCAGCGGGAGCAGGAGACCAUGCUGCGGGACUACCUGGCUGUGGCCCGGGACGCCCUCAGUGCCCAGAAGGAGAUCUACCAGGUGAAGGAGCAGAGGCUGCGGCUGGCGCAGCAGGAGUACCGGCAGCUCAACGACGCGUGGAGGGACAAGACGACGUCGCAGACCAGCUUGAACUCAAGAUCAUCGUCUUCCAGCAAGUACGACCCCGAGAUCCUGAAAGCAGAGAUAGCUACAUCUAAAAGUCGGGUGAACAAGCUGAAGCGGGACCUGGCCUGUAUGAAGCAGGAGCUGCAGUUCAAAGAACAAGGCUUCGAGACCCUCAGAGAGAUCGACCAGAAGGUGUCGAACAGUUCGUACGGCUUCAAGCUGCAGGAGGCGCAGGCCAUCCUGAGCGAGGUCCGCUCCAUCCGAGACGCCAUCAGCUCCGGAGAGAAGGAGAAACAGGAACUCAUGCAGAAACUGGCGGUGCUGAAGGACGGUUUCCAGCUGGACUCUGGAUCGCAGCAGGACCUGUGGGGCAGCAGUCCCUCGCUCGCCAACUCGGAGCUGUCCAUCCCGCGGCUCUACUCGGACGCCGGCUCUCAGACCGACAUCCCCGCAGAGUUCAUAACCAGCAGCAACAAACUGGCGGAGAAGGUUCGUCUGAGUCUGAAGUACGAGGAGGCCAAGAGAAGGAUCGCCACCAUCGAGGUGCAGAUAGCCAAACUGGACAGCGAGGCGUGGCCGGGGCUGCUGGACCCCGAGCGAGAUCGUCUCAUCCUCAUCAACGAGAAGGAGGAGCUGCUGAAGGAGCUGCAGUACAUCAGCCCCCGCCAGCGGCUGGAGCCCAACGACGCAGAGAAGCUGGAGUCGGAGAAGAAACGUCUGGAGAGAGACCUGCAGGCCGCCAGAGACAACCAGAGCAAGGCUCUGACCGAGAGGCUGCGACUUCACUGCAAAAGAAACAAACUGGUCCGGGAGCUGGAGGAGACGGUUCGACUCGCUACGUCACUACACACUCAACUCAAAAGCCUCUCAGCCAGCACCUUGUCGUGUUCUUCCGGCAGCAGUCGAGGAUCUCUGACGUCGAGCCGCGGUUCCCUCGCCACCACCUCCAGCCUGGGCUCCACCUCCUCGCUCAGCUUCACCGACAUCUACCUGGAGCAGCCCGAGCUGGCCGACCCGGACUUCCAGAACAAGCUGGACAGCCUCCUGCAGGAGGGCGGCCAGGGCGGCUACCGCCCCUCCAGCUCCAUCACCACCAUCCACGAGCACGAAGUGGUGACGGGCUGUGGAGGCAGGGACGCCGUGAGGCCCGAGGGCAAAACGGGAGGGCUGGGAGGAGACACGGAGUUCUCAGCUGGAGGGAGCGCAGGGGGCGGAGGAGCGGAGCUGGGGUCGUCCAGGAUCCAGGCCCUCAGACUCUCAGAAACCCCCCGCUCCAUGAGCUCUUUAUCGCCACGCUCGUCCCUCUCCUCGCUAUCGCCGCCGUGCUCACCGCUGGUCACAGACACUAGUUUCCUGUCCGGUGAGACAUUUGCGGGACAGACAGGACCCGGCGGUUUAGGCCUGGACCUGGAGCUUCACAGUAGGCUCACAGAGCUGGAGCUCAGCCUGGACGCUCAGAAGCAGCGGCAGGAUGAGCGCGAGGGCUCUGGUGGGCUGGAGGAGAAGCAGAACGUCAACACCACGCUUAGCGGGGACGUCAAAG